AUUUGUGGCUUUAAAACCCAAUGGAGAGACGGAGCCCACGCCGUGCACCCGGCAGUAGGCUCGCCAUGGCGAUGGGCGGAGGUGGCGGCGUCCCGGAGCAGGCGGACUCGGUGUUGUUCCGGCGUGGCACCGGCCAGAGUGAUGAUUCUGACAUUUGGGAUGAUACAGCAUUAAUAAAAGCUUAUGAUAAAGCUGUGCCUUCGUUUAAGCAUGCUUUAAAGAAUGGUGACAUUUCUGAAGCUUCAGAUAAACCAAAAGGCGCACCUAAAAGAAAACCUGCUAAGAAGAAUAAAAGCCAAAAAAAGAAUGCUACAACACCCCUGAAGCAGUGGAAAGUUGGUGACAAAUGUUCUGCCAUUUGGUCAGAAGACGGCUGUGUUUACCCAGCUACCAUUGCAUCAAUUGAUUUUAAGAGGGAAACCUGAAUUGUGGUUUAUACUGGAUAUGGAAAUAGGGAGGAGCAAAAUAUGUCUGAUCUACUUUCCCCAGCCUCUGAAGUAGCUAAUAAUGUAGAACAGAAUGCUCAGGAGAAUGAAAAUGAAAGUCAAAUUUCAACAGAUGAAAGUGAGAAUUCCUCUAGGUCUCCUGGAAAUAAACCAGAUAACAUCAAGUCAAAAGCUGCGCCAUGGAACUCUUUUCUCCCUCCACCACCCCCCAUGCCAGGAUCAGGACUGGGACCAGGAAAGCCUGGUCUAAAAUUCAGUGGCCCACCACCACCUCCACCACCACCACACUUCUUAUCAUGCUGGCUGCCUCCAUUUCCUUCUGGACCACCAAUAAUUCCCCCACCACCUCCCAUAUGUCCAGAUUCUUUUGAUGAUGCUGAUGCUUUGGGAAGUAUGUUAAUCUCUUGGUACAUGAGUGGCUAUCAUACUGGUUACUAUAUGGGUUUCAAACAAAACCAAAAAGAAGGAAGGUGCUCACAUUUCAAUUAAGAAG